AGAAAAAGGAUCUUCAACAGUUGAAGCUGAAAAUUCCCUAGUGGGGGCAGAAGGAAUCGUAAAUUUUUUAUGUAAUUGGGCGGUGUGCGGCAACAAUGGCGUUUUUGGAUGGUAAUUACCAUUCGACUUAGCCUCGCUGGCUCAUCAACUACAAAACCGCCGCACAUGCUCCCAAGAGCUGUGCAUUUCCUUAGCCUAUGCCCCAUUCAGACCCUUUUUCAUUUUUGGGAGACACCGUUUUGCGGAAUUCUGAUUCUGAUUCUGGGUACUUAUUCUUUGCCUUCGAUUGGGUUUUUAGAUUGAACAAAAAGGUGGGCAUUUCUCAGAACUGAAGACGGUGUAUUGACUUGAUCGAGAUUAAGCGCCACUGUGGUUUUAGUGAGCAAAACAAUCGAUAUACUGGAAGUUAUUGUGUCUUUUGAUUGAAUCUGGGUCGGUUCCGGUUGUUGAUUUCGCGUUGAAUUGGGGUUAGUAAUCCGUGAAUAUGAGGCGGCGGCCUGCCGACUUUCGCCGCCCGGUUCGACGGAGGUUUUCGCAUUGGAUCUGGGCGCUUUUUGGGCUUUUCACAAUCGUAGGACUCCUUUUGUUUGUAGUUCACCAUAACCAUAGCGAAGAUCGUAUCGAACAGUCGGUCCUGGAGAGAAACUCAAGAAUUGAACGAGUUGCUCAUGACAGAUUAAAUUUCACUGAAGAAAUAUCGACCGCUACAUCGUUUUCCCGACAAUUGGCUGAGCAAAUCACACUUGCCAAAGCGUAUGUAGUUAUCGCCAAAGAGCAUAGCAAUCUUCAUCUAGCUUGGGAGCUGAGCUCUAAAAUCAGAAGUUCCCAGCUGCUGCUUUCAAAAGCUGUGAUGAGAGGGGAACCCAUCACUCUAGAGGAAGCAGAACCCAUAAUCAAAAGCCUAUCUUCUUUGAUAUUCAAGGCACAAGAUGCUCAUUACGAUAUUUCGACCACAAUAAUGACGAUGAAGUCUCAUAUUCAAGCCCUUGAAGAGCGGGCUAAUGCUGCCACGGUACAAAGCACGGUGUUCGGGCAAGUUGCAGCGGAAGCUCUUCCGAAGAGUCUUCACUGCCUAAAUGUGAAACUCAUAGCUGAUUGGAUGAAAUAUCCUUCCUUUCAAAAAAUGGCAGAUGAGAGGAAAAACUCGCAGCGAGUCGUGGAUAAUAAUCUGUAUCAUUUUUGCAUAUUUUCGGACAACGUUUUGGCAACGUCUGUCGUUGUCAAUUCCACUGUUUCUAAUGCCGAUCAUCCGAAACAGUUGGUCUUCCACAUUGUCACGAACAGGAUCAACUAUGGAGCUAUGCAGACUUGGUUCCUUAGCAAUGAUUUUAAAGGAUCCACAAUAGAAGUCCAAAAGAUUGAGGACUUCUCUUGGCUGAAUGCCUCUUAUGCUCCUGUUCUGAAACAAAUGCUCGAUCCGAAUACACGAGCGUAUUAUUUUGGAGGGCUUCAGGAUUUGGCAGUUGAUCCGAAACUGCGAAACCCGAAGUAUAUGUUGUUGUUGAACCAUCUUCGGUUUUACAUUCCGGAGAUCUAUCCACAGCUAGAGAAGGUAGUUUUUCUUGACGACGAUGUCGUAGUUCAGAAAGACCUCACACCACUAUUUUCUGUUGAUUUGCAUGGAAACGUGAAUGGAGUGGUCGAAACCUGUCUCGAAGCGUUUCAUCGUUACUACAAGUACCUGAACUUCUCUAACUCAAUCAUAAGCUCAAAGUUUGAUCCACAGGCGUGUGGAUGGGCGUUUGGAAUGAAUGUUUUCGAUCUAAUUGCAUGGAGGAAAGCAAACGUAACAGCUCGGUAUCAUUAUUGGCAGGAACAAAAUGCAGAUGGUUUGCUUUGGAAGCCAGGGACUCUUCCUCCUGGUUUAUUAACCUUCUACGGGCUAACGGAACCACUCGACCGGAGAUGGCAUGUCUUAGGAUUGGGUUACGACCUAAACAUCGACAACCGUUUGAUCGAGAGUGCAGCUGUAAUUCACUUCAAUGGGAACAUGAAGCCUUGGUUGAAGCUGGCCAUAACCAGGUACAGGCCUCUCUGGAAACGUUACUUAAAUCAAAGCCACCCUUAUUUUGAAGAUUGCAUUACAAGUUAAAACUGUACCACCAACAUCUUCCACCAAUGCUUUCAUUGUAGAUUCAAAAAGUAGACAAUUUUGAGUAUGGUAGGAGAUUUUAUUUACUCCACCCCAGUUUCUUGAGAAGAGAAAGAAAAAGGGAUGAAUUUAUACAUUAGAGAAGUUAAAAUGUAAGGAGGAAAAUGGCUGUGAGAAUCCAUUUUUGGCUGGUGAUAGCUUCUUCUUCUCCCAUCAGCAAGCUGUAGAUUUUCUUGUUUUUACUCCCCUCAUGAUCUGCAAGCUACAGAUUAUUAUUCACUUGUCAAUUUCUUUAAUAAUUUGCUCAGAACAUUUUAGCUGUGAUGUAAUUGAAAUCAAUUUAUUGUUCAUAC